UCUUUUCCUCCUUCAUUCAAUUUAUUUCCUCUUCUUCUCUCUUCUAUUCUAUGUGUGUUUCUCUUUGUGCAAAGGCAAUGAAGUAUCAAAUUCAAAACCAAAACUCCAUAGCAAUGGCUAUCAAAUUAUUCAACACCCCAUUAAAUAUAUUAAAUCUCCUUUCUUCUUUCUUCUUCUUUGCUUGUGGUAUAACAUGUGGCAUUAUUUUCACUUUUUAUUUCAAGAACUUUAGUCUCAACUUACAAGUCAUCAAUGGCCAAAUACUAAACUAUUCUUCUUCUUCUUCACAACCCCUUUCACCACCACUAUCACCGCCACCGGUAAUUCCUCGAUUAGGGUUUAAUGAAUACAUUAAGCCACCUAGUGUUGAACAUGAUAUGAGUGAUGAAGAGUUGUUAUGGAGAGCUUCAAUGGUGCCAAAAGUUAAAGAAUUUCCAUUUGAGAGAGUUCCAAAAGUGGCUUUCAUGUUUUUAACAAGAGGGCCAGUUUUGUUAGCACCACUUUGGGAGCUAUUUUUUAAAGGCCAUGAAGGGCUUUACUCCAUUUAUGUGCAUUCUGAUCCUUCUUACAAUCAAUCAGAAGUUGAAAGUCCUAUUUUCCAUGGCAGAAGAAUUCCCAGCAAGGAAGUAGAAUGGGGCAAAGUAAACAUGGUUGAGGCUGAGAAAAGGCUAUUAGCAAAUGCUCUUCUUGAUAUCUCAAAUCAAAGAUUUGUUCUUCUCUCAGAAGCAUGCAUUCCCUUGUUCAAUUUCUCCACAAUUUACACUUACCUAAUGAACUCCAAGAAAAAUUUCGUGGAGACCUAUGAUCUCCCCGGCCCAGUGGGCCGGGGCAGAUACCAUAGUCGAAUGAGCCCGAUAAUUAAACUUCAACAGUGGAGAAAAGGGUCUCAAUGGUUCGAAAUGGACAAAGAUCUUGCCGUCGAGGUAGUCUCAGACAAGACGUAUUUCCCGGUGUUUCAGAAACACUGCCUAGGCUCGUGUUAUGCUGACGAGCAUUACUUGCCGACAUUCGUGAGCAUGAAAUUUGGGAAGAGGAAUUCAGGCCGGAGCUUGACUUGGGUCGACUGGUCGAAGGGCGGGCCCCACCCAGCUCGUUUUCAUAGGUCAGAUGUAACUGCGGAGUUCCUGGAGAAGCUAAGGAGUCAGAGUCGUUGUGAGUACAAUGGUGAGAAGACACGUGUUUGUUACUUGUUUGCAAGGAAAUUUACCCCUCAUGCUUUGAGUAGACUCUUGAUUUUUGCACCAAAGGUUAUGCAAUUCAACCAUUAAUUAGGAUAAAUUAACACAAAUUAAUGUACAUGAAAAAAAAAAAAAACAAACAAUUCUUUGUGCGGACCUUAACUUGA